AUGGCUGUAAAGAAGCGAAAACGUUCUCUCCAUUCCGCCUCGGGGCCAUAUCAUCUGCAGGUAUCAAGCCAGUCCUUUGGUGGCGAAAUCGACAGUGAAAGUUGCAAGGAGAAGAUCACGCCCGCCUUGCGCAACAGAUCAAGUCAUGUGCAGCAGCUGGCCAAGCAGGACGAGUUAGGAGAAGAGCACAUCAAUGACUCAGAAGAGGGCAAACAAGACGAUGAAGACGACGAAUACAGUUUGGCCGACGACAGCGAAGAUUCCGAACAAGAACAAACCCAACGAGAUCAGUCCCACAGCGAGCAGUCCGAAGACGAGCCCUCGGGGGUGGUUAUAAUACCUCUGGAACAAGUGAGGGAUGAAGGCAACAUCGAAUACGUCGACUUCCGCCUUCACCCCAACAGCUUAUUGUUCUUGGUAGAUUUGAAGAGUAACAACAACCGACGAUGGCUGAAAGAGUUUCGUCGAGCGUUUAGGGAUUGGGAAACAUUUGUUGAGCGCACCACAUACACGAUAAUGGCUCUAGACGAUACUAUUCCCGAGUUGCCGGCCAGGGAUGUCAUGUUCCGCAUAUACAGAGACCUGCGCUUCAGUCCCGACAAGAAGCCGUACAAGGCGCACUUUUCGGCAGCGUGGUCCCGUACGGGGCGGAAAGGGACAUAUGCACACUACUACAUCCAUUGCGAGCCCGGGGCGUCCCUCAUUGCUGGCGGUAUCUUCGCUCCAGAUACUCGCCAGCUCCAGAGGCUCCGUGCAAGUAUUGACGAGAGGCCGAGGCGUUGGCGCCGAGUCUUGAACGAAUACACCCUCAAGGAGGCCUUUCUACCUGGCUUGGCGCCAGGGUCCGGCGAGGGCGAGGCGCUAAAGUCCUUUGCUCGUGAGAACAAGGAUUCAGCCCUGCGAACAAAACCAAAGGCAGGUAGUGGAUUCAAUACAAACCACCAGGAUAUUGAGCUCUUGAAGCUGAAAAAGUUCACCGUGUCCAAAAGGAUUGAAGACAACCUGCUAUGCGCCGAUGAUACGCAGGAAAGGGUGAAGGAGACUCUCAGACCCUUGGUCAACUUUAUUACCUUUCUCAACAGCAUAGUCAUGCCGGACGAUGAUUCGAGCAAUUCUUCAGAGUAG